GGCGGCCGAUUGUCCCAAACAUAUCUGUACCGAGGAUGCAAUCUGUCUUCAGGGUAAAUGUGUGCCUGUUUUAAAAGAAAAAAUGUACAAAGACUGUUCAGAUGUGGUAAAAGGAGACCCAAAUAAGAAAGGACAUGAUGGCGCAUACGUAGUCUACCCUGACACCCGGAGAGAGGUCUACUGUGACAUGACAACAGAUGGAGGAGGAUGGACGGUCAUUCAGAAACGACAGGAUGGUGACGUGGAUUUUUACAGAACAUGGAUUGAGUAUAAACAAGGAUUUGGGAAUGCUACUAAAAACUAUUGGAUAGGGAAUGACGCAAUCCACGCCUUAACAAGAGAUAAAAACCAGGAACUCCGAAUUGAUCUUCAGAGGCAUAACGGACAAAAGGCCUAUGCAUUAUAUUCCACGUUUUAUAUCGGAGAUGAAGACAAUAAAUAUAGACUGACAGUGUCUGGAUACAACGGAACAGCGGGUGACAGUUUGGAUGUUCACAAUGGUAUGAAAUUCAGUACCAAAGACCAGGACAACGACGCCUGGAAUGGUGUUAAUUGUGCUGCUGAUUACCACGGAGCCUGGUGGUACAAUAAUUGUUUCAACUCAAACCUUAACGGAGAGUACGGACAGGCUGGUGUGUCUGGCGGUAUAUAUUCGGUAUGGAAGUCCUGGCCAUUGGAGAUACAGGAAUCUCUACAGAAGACAGUGUUGAUGAUCAGACACAGAACCUGAGUCAGAAUGUGAUCAGGCCUAACGUUAGGCUGCACAGGAAGUAUACUGAAGCUCUAUUAACUAUGAUGAUAACUAUACACAGGCGCAAAAACAAGAUUUGAUGUAUUAUCUAUCCUGAAUUAUAAUAACGAAAUUGUUCUGGGUGCUGAAGGUAACCGCUUUUUUUAUUAAACAAAUGUGAUUUUCGAUGAAACCUAUUAAAGAAAUUUAGAUGAAAGUAAAAUAUUGUUAGUUAGGUGCAGAUAAGGGUUUGGCGUGGUCAAAAUGUUGCUAGGGAGCACAGCUUCUAAUUUGAAUUUAAGACCAAGGACAUCUGCACAAUAUCAACAACAUUAUAUGGAAUAAGUAUCUUGUACCAUAGUUUUGUAAA